UUGCAAUAUAAAAGCGCAUACUGAUUGAGACAACAGCAAUUUCUCAACAUCGUCUUUUUCUUUCAUUCUUUUUAUCAACAUGCUCAAGAAAUUUUUUGCCUUGCCAGUCAUUUUUGCUUUGAUUAAUGUUACUUUUGCUGGACUCUCAGGAUCAACAUCUGUGACACCUGAAGACUAUUAUGGUCUCGGACCUCAGGCUCUUGAGACUUCUUAUCCGGCUUGUGGUAUGCCUUAUAAUGAGCUGAAUUUGGCAAGGAUUACUGCUGUCGAGGAUAUAGAUAUCUCUAGCGAAUGUGGCCAAUGUCUCGAGGUGACUAAUUCUGACAACGGAGAAUCCAUUUUUGUCUUGGCUGUAGACAAAGGUGGGCAAGGACUUGAUAUAAGUAUUCCUUCUUUUGAAUCGCUUUUUGGCCAAAGUACAGAUCCCGCUCCUGCUAGUUGGGCUGCUGUCGAUAUCUCUAAUUGUGAAGGUAUUCAUACACCUGGCAGAGAAAAUCCUUCUCAAGAGGUCUUUUCAAAGAGAGACAGUGGAGUGAAUUCGAUUAUUGAUACAUUUGAUCCAUCCAAGCUUAGAAAAGGCAACAAUAUUGCAAGUUCGACAGCGAGUGUACUCCACGUGAACAAGAGAAGUACUGUUUCCUCAGAACACAAAGGAGACAGUAUUUAUAUUGACAGAAAGCGAAGAGCUCAUGGCACUUUCAAGAAUAGACAAAUACAUCAUUAGACUUACCAGAUACAUUUGAUCUAGAGUAAUAAAUGACGAGUUUAAAUUCGUUGCAUAAAUUUAAAUGACAACUCCGCGUACAUGGAUGAUGCCUUAGAUUUCUACAAUAAAGCCUAUUUGAAGCCUAUCUCAAAGGAUAUGGGUUGUUUUUGAUGAGAUAUUUCUAGCUAUGUUGCUUAUUCUAUAGUUAGAACCGGCUGUUUAAGAGCCCUUCGUUUUUGCUCUCUUAAAAACGUAGGAAGUAGACUUGAAUUUGAGAGACUUAUCAUAGCAUAUUACGUCUACCAAAUUUACAUAAACAAUUUCAAUUUCGACUUUUGCACGUCAAGACAGAAAAAAAAAGACGUCACUAGACUCCGUCUAUUUCUUCGACAAAUCAGAAUAGCUCUACUUUUU